AUGCAGGUCAGCGUCUGUGGACACUGUUCUCGUGUUGAGCUGUCGAUGGUGCCGAAUCGGCCGGCCGUAUCGCCGCCACCACAACUCGGUGUCACUCCGUUAGAGAAACAUUUUCAUCAGUUACACUUCCGGGUGCAAGCUGGUUAUUGGAAAGUGCAUUCAGCGAGGACAUUAUUUGGGGAUAAGGAAGCUUCUGUGUUGGUUUUCGAACGAAAAAAUAACGUUAAAGCACCGCCGAGAAUUGGUCGAAUGAACAAAUUUGCACUUGUUGACCUAAUAAAGUAUGAAGUCAGUCAACUAUCCUCGCUUGCACAUCCUCGUAUUCUUCACGUUCAGCAUCCAUUGGAGGACACCAAAGAAUUCUUGGCCUUUGCCACCGAAUCCGUCUGCGCUUCAUUGGACAACAUCGUCAUCGAGGAAGGAGUGGAACGACUUGAGAUGAAGCUAGGAGUUUUACAGAUCAUAGACGGUCUUUCGUAUUUGCACAAUUCGGCGAAGAUCCUACACGGAAAUCUUACACCUGCCUCGAUUUUCGUUACAACUAGCAGGCUAUGGAAAAUCGCUGGAUUUUCAUUUGCAGUUGCUGCUAAGGAACCAGACUGCUAUCCGUGCUAUCCGUGGACUAAAAAAUUGCCACCGAUCCUACAACCCGACUUGGAUUUUCUAGCGCCCGAGUAUUUGGCGCCGAAUCAGCAGACUGUUACCUCUGCUGCCGAUGUGUUCUCGCUAGGAGUGCUGAUUUGUUGGAUCUAUGCUGGCGGAAAACGUUUAAUAGACGCUAAAAAUAACCUGGAAACUCAUGCGAUUAUCACUGGUCAGUUGAACGAAGCGCUCAACUGUAUUUCCGAGGAACUGGGUUCGAAUCUUCGAGAAUCGCUCGGGAAAGUGCUAAGCCUUGACGUUGAAGUCCGUCCGACCGUGCAACUUUUAGCCUUAAUCAAGCAUUUCGAUGAUCCGGCGCUGUCGGCUCUUCGACAACUCGACGACAUCUCACAAGUGUUCGAUCCGUCGCAAAAGUCGCACUUUUUGGGACAAACCCUCGUGUCGGCACUAGGAGUGAUUCCUGAGAAUAUUUGGUUCUCACGCGUGCUGCCACGCUUCAACGAGCAACUUUUCGACUCACACGAACUUUUCCCUGCACUCGCAAAACCGUUAUUCUUCAUGUUGGAUCACUGUGAAAGUCAUAAUAUUCACAAAUUGAGGACAUGGAUGCGAAAGAUUCUGGAUCAUACGACACAGAAAGCAUUGAGAUCGUUUGUUUUGGAGAACAUGAGCUCGUUAUUUCGACGAUUAUCCGAUGACAAAGUAGAGGACAAAUGUAUGGAUUUGAUCGUGCAUUCAUUGCGAUCCGAUGAUUCCAGUGUUCAGUCGUCAGCCGUUCGUGGAUUGCCGCAUGUGGCCGAAUUUCUUCCAUCAGCCUUUAUUACCAGGAAAUUACUACCCGCCAUUAUGUGUCUGCCACCAUAUCUUCACGAUAAUGUACCGCGUCAAUUGGACCUUCUAGCUGGAUUGGCAUCGUUAUCGGAUCGAUGUGACGCUGCUUCUCUACAACAACUAUUGUCAUGUGUAUCAUUGUGUUCUGCUCAUCAUCCAGUAAUCAUCCAUGCUAAAUCAAGAUUAGUUCAACGAAUUGUCACACGAGAUCCGGUCAGGAUGAAAGAUGCAUCGCUGGUUUGCAUUCAUCUACUAAAUCCACUUGUAAUUGGGCUAAGUUGCAAGGAGCUAAGCUCCGCCCACUUCGAUGAUGUUAUGAGUAGUGUACGAAUUCUUUUGGAUCUCGUCGAACAACUCCGCUAUGAGUCCGACGAUCGAGUACAACAACAGCAAAUGGGAAUGGGUCUUGGCCGUUUGGGGAAUCGUCGAGUGUCGAUGAGCAGCACGAACCUACCACGAGUGAUGAUCAGCGCAGCACGACCAUCGUUCUCAAACGAUUCGAGGAAAAUGUCAUUUCUAUCAGCUGAUGGACGUCUGGAGGAUCGUGGUCGUCGUGAAUCACGUGAUAGCCGUGGAUCUCUCGAAAGCGACAUGAGUAUUCGUAUCGGGAAUGGCUCAGAUGUUUCCGAUGAUUCGUGUCAUAGCGCAGCUUCACAGUCAGCACGUGGACGGCGCCAAUCAUGGCUUGACUGUUACGGUCAUUCGAUGUCUCUCGAACAAGGUUCUUCGUUCCUGGAUUCUAAAGUGAUGGACGGUAUGAUGAGUUUGAAAAGGGGUAGCAGAUGUUCGGAACGAAGAGCUCGAACGAGAUCACCGAAUCAGCUUGAAAUGGAUCUUCGACAAGCGCCAGCGCGGCCGAAUAGCUUCACAAAUCUGGGUCAUAACCUGGUGUUGACGUAUAGAACUCUCUGGAACAAGGAUCACUGA